AGUGUAGAAAAAUGGUUGUCCUUUGGGUAAAUCGACCGUGACAGAGAUUAUGAAGAUGUCAUGACUGUCUUUACCUGAAAUAGCUGAAAGUCCAUAUACGAUCUCCUAUAUUUAUCUCUUCAAAGGCCUCUCCUCCAAUUAUAUAAAGCAAGAAAUUAGUUUGGCAUCUCUUAUUGUUUCGAGUAGUUUCUCUUUUCUCCUCUCAUCUAGUCAUUUUUUUGUUUCUUUUUUUUUGCUCCAGAGCUCUUCCCAUUGUAAUUUGUUUCUUUUUUAAACUAAUCCUUUAAAUCAAAUAAACCAUGGGAGCCUGUGGGAGCAAACCUAAGGAAUCUGACAUCCUCGAAAGCCUUGUCCCCACCGACAAUGCAGUUGUUGAGUCCAAGAAUGAAACAGAUACCACCACACUAGCUCAGGAGAAGAAAGAAGAGUCUAGUGAUGAGGCAAAGGAGGAAAGUGAGACAAAAGAGGACUCCUCUGAGGCAGCCAAAGUUGAGCCAACUCCAGAAGCUGUGAAGGCAGAUGAGAAAGCUCCUUCCGAGACUGAGCCACCAACACAGGAGACUGCACCUGCCAAAAUCGAUGAGGCGCCUCUUGUGAUUCUUUGAUUUUUUCAUUUCCAAAGAAAAAUACAUGUGUUAUCUGCAAGUGUUUAUCACAUUAUAAUUCGAAUGUUCAUCACUUUUAUAUUGUUAAUGCACAUGUACAUUGUGUUGUGACCGCCUCUAGUAAAUUCA